AUGGCCUCCGAGUCUGAAUCAUCGAUCAAAAAGCCCUGGAUCGAAACACCCCUAAUUGAAUGCGCAACUCUAUCCAAACAAGCAGGAUGCCGCAUAUUCCUGAAACUAGAACUCCUCCAACCCUCAGGAUCCUUUAAAUCCCGGGGCAUCGGCAACUUAAUCCUCCAGUCUCUCACCCAACAAUCCACCAAAGAUAGAAAACCCCACUUCUUCAGCUCCUCGGGCGGCAACGCAGGUCUUGCAGCCGUACACGCCGCGCGAGACCUAGGCUGUCCCUGCACGGUCGUCGUGCCCUACAGUACGAAACAAUAUAUGAUAGACAAGUUACGCGCCGCAGGAGCGACAGAGGUAGUACAGCAUGGCGCAAGCUGGUUUGAAGCGGACACUUUCCUUCGGGAGACGUUCAUUGAGGGCCAUGAAGGGAAUGUCUACGUGCCGCCCUUUGAUCAUGUGGAUAUCUGGGAGGGGGCGGGAGGAAUGAUUUCGGAGAUUGAGACACAAUUGGGCACUGGGGAGGGAGGAUUCCCUGCGGACGUGAUUAUUUGUAGUGUUGGUGGAGGGGGACUGUUGAAUGGUGUGGUUGAAGGGUUAGAGAAGUGUUUGGCCAAGGGGGAGAAGGGGAGAGAUGUUCGAGUUGUUGCUGUUGAGACGGAUGGAGCGCAUGCGUUGGCACAUUCCCUUCGUGAGGGGAGGUUGAGUUCGUUGAAGGGUAUUACGUCUCAAGCUACUUCGUUGGGUGCGUUGACGGUAGCGGAGAAGGCGUUUGAGAAUGCGGUCUCGCCGCCGAAGGGGGUGGUGGUUGAGAGUAUUGUCGGGUCGGAUGCUGAUGCUGCGAGGGGUGUGUUGAGACUUGCCGAUGAGAUGCGGUUGCAGGUGGAGUUGGCGUGUGGCAUCAGUUUGGAGGUUGCUCUUAAUGGGAGGUUGAAGGAUGUGGUCCCGGAUUUGAAUGCCCAGACGAAGGUUGUCGUUGUUGUUUGUGGUGGAAGUAAUAUUAACACAGAGAUGAUUACGGAGUAUAGAGAGAGGCUUGAGCAGGGGUGGAAUUAG